UGGUCCAAAAGGCUACCGUCAAGAUUUAAGCUUCCUCUCGCGACUUAUGUGGUGCUGCCGGAAGCGGAACUAUUCGUGUGGUUGUUCACAAGGGGCGUGUUUCUGCCGGGGAGGCGGGGAGGGUGUCUCGGAGCCGCGGUCAGAAAAGGUUAGGCGGGGAUCGGCGGGCUCUUGCCGGAAGUCGUUCCGCCCGGGGAGGUUUCUGUGUGAGACCGGGAGCGGGAGGGGAAGAGGCGUGACCGGGCUUCGGGAGGUGCGGUAGUACCUUUGGUACCUCUUUGUGGGCCCUUCAGCAGCUGCUGAGGAGAGAAGACCCACGUUCCCGCUAGCAGCUGGAGUCUUCUUCGACGGGCACCUCCAUCCUGCCCGCACCCCAACCCCCGCUCCCCCGGGAUUAAGGGGGGGAAAUGGAGUCCCUGAAUGGACUCGGACAUCUCCUGCAGUUCGCGUGACGACCGCAGCCGUGGCAGGUAAAAGGAUUGCCACAUCAACUCACCGAAGAAGUAACCUCACUAUCUUUGUCUUUUAAACUGCAUCAACAAUGAAGUAAUGAUAUCUGAGAACACAUGAACACUUGCCAACUAACUGUCACCACACGUUCAAGUGAUUGUAUAAGCAGAAACAAGCUGCAACAGACCCAUGUGUCAGUUAGUAUAGAGAGAAUGCUUUUUUCAGGUACUGUUUAUGUAGAAACAGUUUUAGCAUAGCACGUUUAAAUUAUAUUUAUGUCAAUGAAAUAAAAAUGAGUGAAGCCCCCAGAUUCUUUGUUGGACCCGAAGAUACAGAAAUAAACGCUGGAAAUUAUCGACACUUCUUCCACCAUGCAGAUGAAGAUGAGGAGGAGGAAGAUGAGUCUCCUCCAGAAAGGCAGAUUGUGGUUGGAAUAUGUUCCAUGGCAAAGAAAUCCAAAUCCAAACCGAUGAAGGAAAUUCUCGAACGGAUCUCCUUAUUUAAAUAUAUCACAGUAGUAGUAUUUGAAGAGGAUGUUAUUUUGAAUGAACCAGUGGAAAACUGGCCUUUGUGUGAUUGUCUUAUUUCUUUUCAUUCUAAAGGAUUUCCACUGGACAAAGCAGUUGCCUAUGCCAAACUCAGGAAUCCAUUUGUAAUCAAUGACUUGAAUAUGCAGUAUCUCAUACAAGAUAGGAGAGAAGUGUAUAGUAUUCUUCAAGCUGAAGGUAUUUUGCUUCCUCGUUAUGCAAUUUUGAACCGUGACCCAAAUAAUCCCAAAGAAUGCAAUCUGAUUGAAGGCGAAGAUCAUGUAGAAGUAAAUGGGGAAGUUUUCCAAAAGCCUUUUGUAGAAAAGCCAGUCAGUGCAGAAGAUCACAAUGUUUACAUUUAUUAUCCAACCUCCGCUGGUGGUGGAAGUCAAAGACUUUUUCGAAAGAUUGGCAGUAGAAGUAGUGUUUACUCCCCAGAAAGCAAUGUACGAAAAACAGGCUCCUAUAUAUAUGAAGAGUUUAUGCCUACAGAUGGUACUGAUGUUAAGGUUUAUACAGUGGGUCCAGACUAUGCCCAUGCUGAAGCUCGAAAAUCUCCUGCUCUUGAUGGCAAGGUAGAACGAGAUAGUGAAGGAAAAGAAGUGAGAUACCCUGUUAUUCUCAAUGCACGAGAAAAAUUAAUUGCUUGGAAAGUCUGCCUGGCUUUUAAGCAAACAGUUUGUGGCUUUGACUUGCUACGGGCCAAUGGACAAUCCUAUGUGUGUGAUGUCAAUGGCUUCAGUUUUGUGAAAAAUUCCAUGAAGUAUUAUGAUGAUUGUGCAAAAAUACUUGGGAAUAUUGUAAUGCGAGAGCUUGCUCCACAAUUUCAUAUCCCCUGGUCAAUACCCUUAGAAGCUGAAGAUAUCCCGAUUGUACCAACUACAUCUGGAACUAUGAUGGAACUUAGAUGUGUCAUAGCCGUCAUUCGUCAUGGGGAUCGAACACCAAAGCAAAAAAUGAAAAUGGAAGUGAGGCAUCAAAAAUUCUUUGAUCUCUUUGAAAAGUGUGAUGGAUAUAAAUCUGGGAAAUUAAAACUCAAAAAACCAAAACAAUUACAGGAAGUGCUGGAUAUUGCACGACAACUUCUUAUGGAACUUGGACAAAAUAAUGAUUCUGAAAUUGAAGAAAACAAAUCAAAACUUGAACAACUUAAGACUGUGUUAGAGAUGUAUGGCCAUUUUUCUGGAAUAAAUCGUAAGGUCCAGUUAACCUAUCUCCCUCAUGGUUGUCCUAAGACAUCUAGUGAAGAAGAGGACAGCCGACGAGAAGAGCCGUCCUUGCUUCUGGUUCUAAAGUGGGGAGGAGAACUAACCCCUGCAGGCAGGGUCCAGGCCGAAGAACUCGGAAGAGCUUUCAGGUGUAUGUAUCCUGGAGGUCAAGGAGAUUAUGCAGGAUUUCCUGGUUGUGGUUUACUUAGAUUACAUAGUACCUACCGACAUGACCUUAAAAUAUACGCCUCUGAUGAAGGACGAGUUCAGAUGACUGCAGCUGCUUUUGCAAAGGGUCUGUUAGCUCUAGAAGGAGAACUUACACCCAUUCUUGUUCAGAUGGUGAAAAGUGCAAACAUGAAUGGCCUUUUGGAUAGUGAUAGUGAUUCUUUGAGCAGUUGUCAGCAACGUGUAAAGGCAAGACUUCAUGAAAUACUUCAGAGAGACAGAGAUUUUACUGCAGAAGAUUAUGAAAAGCUUACUCCAUCUGGAAGCAUUUCUCUUAUCAAAUCAAUGCAUUUAAUUAAAAAUCCUGUAAAGACCUGUGACACGGUGUAUUCCUUGAUACAAAGUUUGACUUCUCAAAUCAGACAUCGAAUGGAAGAUCCCAAAUCAUCAGAUAUUCAGCUUUAUCAUAGUGAGACCUUAGAGCUCAUGCUCCGUAGAUGGUCCAAGUUGGAGAAAGACUUUAAGACAAAAAAUGGAAGAUAUGAUAUUAGCAAGAUCCCUGACAUAUAUGACUGUAUAAAAUAUGAUGUCCAACAUAAUGGCUCCUUGAAAUUAGAAGACACGAUGGAAUUAUAUAGGCUUUCAAAGGCAUUAGCAGAUAUAGUUAUCCCUCAGGAAUAUGGUAUAACUAAAGCUGAAAAACUGGAGAUUGCCAAAGGCUACUGUACUCCUCUAGUUAGAAAAAUUCGCUCAGAUCUUCAAAGGACACAAGAUGAUGACACUGUAAAUAAACUCCAUCCUGUGUAUUCCAGAGGUGUUCUGUCACCUGAACGUCAUGUCCGUACCAGAUUAUAUUUCACCAGUGAAAGUCACGUACAUUCUUUACUGUCUAUUCUUCGCUAUGGUGCCUUAUGCGACGAAUCAAAGGAUGAACAGUGGAAACGAGCUAUGGAUUAUUUAAAUGUUGUCAAUGAACUCAACUACAUGACUCAGAUUGUUAUCAUGCUGUAUGAAGAUCCUAACAAGGAUCUUUCCUCUGAGGAACGCUUUCAUGUUGAGUUACAUUUCAGUCCAGGAGCCAAAGGAUGUGAAGAAGACAAAAAUUUACCCUCUGGCUAUGGAUAUAGACCAGCUUCAAGGGAGAAUGAAGGAAGGAGAGCUUUUAAAAUUGAUAGUGAUGAUGAACCACAUACUUCUAAAAAAGAUGAGGUUGAUCGAGCUGUGAUAUUGUUUAAGCCUAUGGUAUCAGAGCCAAUUCAUAUACACAGGAAGUCUCCACUUCCAAGAUCUAGGAAGAUGGCUACAAAUGAAGAAGAGAGCCCCCUGAGUGUGUCUAGCCCAGAGGGUACUGGUAGCUGGCUGCAUUACACCAGUGGUGUGGGCACUGGGCGUCGAAGACGCAGAUCAGGGGAACAAAUCACCUCUUCCCCUGUCUCCCCCAAAUCACUGGCUUUCACAUCCAGUAUUUUUGGCUCAUGGCAACAGGUUGUAUCUGAAAAUGCUAAUUACUUACGAACACCAAGAACUCUUGUAGAACAGAAGCAGAACCCUACUGUAGGGUCUCACUGUGCGGGCCUGUUUAGCACCUCGGUGCUCGGGGCUUCUUCAAGCGCACCUAACCUACAGGAUUAUGCUCGUACUCAUCGUAAAAAGCUGACCUCUUCUGGCUGCAUAGAUGACGCCACACGCGGUUCUGCUGUUAAAAGGUUUUCUAUCUCAUUUGCUCGACACCCAACCAAUGAACACCUACACCUCUAUAGGUGCUGGUCCGUUUCCUCUGUGGAGUUUCUAGGCUCCAGUGGUUUUGAAUUGUAUUCGAUGGUGCCAUCUAUUUGUCCUCUAGAAACUCUUCACAAUGCCCUGUCCUUAAAGCAGGUGGAUGAAUUUCUUGCUUCCAUCGCUUCUCCAUCAAGUGAAGUUCCACGGAAGACCCCUGAAACUUCCUGUUUAACUUCACGUUCCAGUCCAAUAAUGAGAAGAAAAGUAUCUUUAAAUACAUAUACACCUGCAAAGAUCCUCCCAACGCCAACAGCUAGCAUCAAGAGUACUAAAGCAAGCAGCAAACCAGUUCCCAGCGGACCUUCUACUACAGCUGCUCCUAAUACCUCAUCGCGAAAAAAGGGCGUGACUAGCAAAACAGAAAUGCAUGAACACAAAAAAAAUACUUCGAAAAAAAAAUGAACUCUUCUAAGCAGAAGCUGGAACUCCUUGUAAAAAUCACGUGUUCAGUAGGGGAAAAAAGGCAUGUAAUAAACCUUGACUGAAAAAUAUCAAAGCAAGUAAUUUGUGUCUCCUUGUACAUCUCUGUAUUCAUUUAAAGAUAGAUUAAAUCUAGAGAAUUCUUUGUAUAUAUUCAGGUAAGGAAUUUUUGUCAUGAUCUGGAGGUGUUUGAGAACAAUGUUUAUUAGCAUUUUAUGAGUAGCAGAACUUAGGGUGAUAAAGGUCCAUUGUUAAUGUGAUAUGUGCCGUAUGCCCGUGGUAAAGGACCGUGAAAGCCUGCCCCUGUCACACAGUGGCGAUGGUUACUGAAGAGUCUGUGAGGCGGUCUCUGUACAUGUUCAUUUUCAUGGGGUUGCAUAUUGGCUGUAAAAUCCUGUAGCUUGAAAUCUGAUGGCUGUACUGGAGACUUCUUAAAAAGCAUAUUUCCAAAGAGAUUUCGUUGACCACAGUUUAGAAUAGAAACUUUCUUCCCCCAGUUGUUUUAAUUACAUAUAUACUGCAAUAUUUAAUAACUGGAGUAUUGGCAUAUGGGUUAUUUUUUCAAUCUGUGCUUUGAAUUUUUUAUUGUGUUUUAUUUAAAAUAUGUGCAGCUGGGAUAACUAUACCUUUAUGCACGUAAAUUUGUACAUUAAUUUGUAGAGAAUAUUUUCUUUAUAUAUUUCCUUACCAUAAGGUGCUUUUGUUCAUCAGGAAGUUUUUUGCUUCAUAUAUUGGCAAGAAAGACAUCUUUAGAGUUUCUUUUUAAGAGAUAUAGUUGACAAGUUUAUAAGUGUUAGUUAUUUUCAGAAUUCUUUUUAGAUCUGAAAAACUGAGUUCCAAAAUGAACCUCAUCAGUGUAAGGAGAAUAUCUGAAUUCCACUGUCAGUAGAUAUGAUUUGUAGCACCUGUUUUUACCAUUUCCAUUCUUAUCUUUAGAAUGUCAGUUGAUCUCACUAAGAAAACUUAAAGAUUGAGCAUUUGAAAUAAAUGCUUAUUUCAAAUUAUUAGAUUUUGGAGGAACAUUGAGAUUAUUGUAUUGUGAUUUCAUCUAUGAUGUGAAAAAUAUUUAUUAUCCUUGGUGCUUAUUUUCCCCUGAUGCACAAAUAAUUAUAAACCAGUUGAAAUGACUUAAACUAUAAACCGAACAGUACAUCUUGAUAAGAAUUCAUCCAUUGCUAGUCAGGUAACUUAAGUUGCUAAAGCUUUAGUUUGAGACUUAGGUUUAGAAAAAUUAUUGAAUUCUUGUAUGAAUGCAUCUAUUAAAAUUCUUCAGUAGAGACUCUCCUAACCUUAAAUCAUCAUAUAUGAACUGACUUUUAGAAAUUAAGCAUAUUACAGGUUCAUUUUAAAAGGUACCAGAUGCAAAAGUCACAAAUAUGUACAAUUAUAUGUUAGUAUGUCAGUACUUCACAUGAAUGUAAAUGUAUUAUGGAGACAUGUUUUGUAAACGGUUGAAUGUACCUAAGCUUUCUGUAUGUGAAAAUGUGGUUAAUGUGCUCAUUGUCGGAGUAAAGAAACUGCUUUUAUUUUUUCAGUGGAAUUGAAUUAAAAUAUUUUAUUUCUGGAAUCA